UCAUUUUCAAGAUGGCGAAUCCCUUUGUAGGAAGACAUCAACCAUUCGUUCCUCUCAAAUGAGUGAAAGAUAACACUAUGACAACCAACUUACUUUACGGGAAUUGCCGUAAAACAUGGCCCAAAGCUUGGUGCGCGUUUGCAAAUAUUUGUGGGGACAUAAGCUGCGCAAUUUGGUUUGUUGUUUUGGUGCCACAAAUAUGGAAGAACUGGAAGCGUCGAUCUGUGGAAGGACUUAGCAUUCUUUGGGCCACUGCGAACUUCACAGCAUCGCUGGCAAACGUUUUCUUCGCUUUUUCUGUUGCACUGCCUGUGUAUAUCAAAAUAUUAGCGGUAUAUAUGCCCAUUUUAGAGUUUUCCAUACUACUACAGUUUUGUUAUACUCUAAGCACACUAUGCAGAUGAAAUUAUCCUACGGCGCUUGUUGUUUUCUGAUCUGGAUUGCAGUGAUCAGUUUAGACCUUUCCGUUGCCGAUGCCGCGGAAAAAGUCCAGUGGUUGGCAAUUGUUCUUUGGUCUAUUGAGUCAUUUCCGCAGGUAGGCAGUUCAAUAUAAUUUAUUAAUUUGAUCCAAGACAAUACUGAUUUAAAUUAACCCACACGCGAACUGAUUCGUGAUAUGUUACUCUUCGUCCAUUAUGAAAAAUUUAGGCUUAGUUUCCCAAUCUCGUCAUCUUUUUUCGAUACCAGACUGUCCUUCACUCUUUCUUUGCUACACACUUUGAAUUUUAAAUAACACGUGGGGCCAGUCUGUGCAUCUGUGCAAUUUAACUCCCCAGGAGGCUCCUUUAGGGAGGGGGGGGGAGGGGUUUCCAGGGAGCAAUUCCUCUGUAGAGAAAAACAGGAAUGUACCUGUUCUUAAUUUAGCUCUAUAGGUCCUUCAUUCAUUUCAAAUGAGAGAUGGGAAAUGUGUUGAUUCACAAAAAGUAUCUUUCCAAAUCAAUGAUAGGGUAUGUUGCAUAAAUCAUAGUGACAUUCAGCCUCUGAUUGGUGGAUCUUUUACUGAAUGGCAUGGUAUUUCAAAAGAAACUUUAAUGCUGCAUUGGUGGGAGAGUAUAACAGGGUAAUUUUAAUAGUAUUAUCGACUGAGGUGAUAAUGUAAAUUGGCCUCCAUAAAGAGUUGAAAAGCUAAUGUUUCAAGGGUUAGCAACAUUCAGCCUCUCAUUGGAGGAUCUUUUACUGAAUGGCAUGGUAUUGACCUGUGGGGCACUUAAAAACCUACUGUGGAGUAAGGGGUGGAGGGGGGGGGGUAAGUUUCAAAAGAAACUUUAACGCUGCAUUGGUGGGAUAGUAUAACAAGGUAAUUUUAAUAGUAUUAUCAACUGAGGUGAUAAUGUAAAUUAGCCUCUGUAAGGAGUUGAAAAGCUAAUGUUUCAAGCAUUAGCUGUUUGCCAUUUGCUCUGAUGAAGUGGAGUAAACUUUUUGUAUUUGAUUCUGUGUAACUAAACAACUAACCUGUAUGUGUAUGUGUAUCAACUUCCUAUAUUGGAGUGUGACUGUGUAGAUAGCUUGCAAUACAGGUAUCUUAUCAGGGCAAGUUAAAGUUACAAGCUCACAAUCAUUUAUCUGACCCACCAAGUUUGAUUUGGAGUUAGAGUGGAUGGCAGGGGGAGGGGGCAUGGGAAAGGUAAUGAUAUUUAUCACCCCAUCCCUACCCUCUCCUUCAUUUUGACUGUCACUCAGCCCUUUGAUACAAAUUUGUUUGUCUUCCCAGCCUUCCACUGCUGUUAAAAUUAAAGAUGGUGGCUAUAAUUUUCACUAAAAAAUCUAAGGAAUAUAAUGGAUUACAUAUGUUUACAAAUGACAUUAGGAAAAAACCAGGAACAAGUGUUUGUUGGGUUGUGGUUACCUUGUGAGUACUAUAACCUUCAAUCAAUCAAUCAAUCAAUUUAUUUAACAUGGUCAGAAUGCUUAGCUAAAAGCUAGUUUACAGGUACGCCACGAAAUAAAAAGAGAAAAGUAUAUAAAUUUAAAUAAAUUAAGAUUAAGAACUAGCUAAUAUUAAAAUAUAAGAAUUUAACAAUGUAGUCACCAAGUAAAAUGUAUAAAAUGUAAUCAUUAAAAACAGUAAAUAUAAUCAAUGAUAGAUCCUCACCGCACUGGAGUCCCGUGAGAUCUAAUGUUUUUAAGUAAUUUUUAAAAGUAGUACAUGUUUGUAUCUUUCGAGACUCGUCCGGUAAAGCGUUCUAUAAUUUCGAUGCAGCAUAUCUCCAUGAUCUUAACCUGAAGGUUGUUGAUUUUACUUUUGGGAGGUCCAGUAUUGUGGUGCCCCUAAGGUUCUAAGUGGAGCACCUUACUGUUAUGAGAUCAUGUAAGCUUUUUGGACCUGCAUCACUGGCUAAUAUCUUAAAGACAGUGGACAAUAUUUUCGCUAAUCGCUGUUCACGAAGACUUGAGAGACCGAUACCCUUACAAAGAUCCUCAUAAGGCAAGGACUUGAACUCCCAGAAGUGAUUAACAUGCAAAUUAUCCCUCUGAUAUCCACACAUUAUCCAGCAAUCAAGGGAUGAGAAUACUCAAAAUUAUCAAGUAGGUAGAAUUUAUCUUGAACUUACACCAAAUUCUCAUAACUUAGUGACAAGAAAAAGUGUAGCAGCUAGAGGAGAGAAUUAACAAUCAGGACCCAGUUGUUCAUGAGGCAAAUAAUGCUAUCCAGUGGAUAACUGUAAGAAAAAAAACAUACUGUGCUAACAGUGCUAGUUGUUUGUCCAAAGACAAAAGUUGGUUACCUGUGGCACCUAUGCUCAGCUUGUAGUAAAGCCCUGCUGCAGAUACAUCUGAACACAAGCAGUUCACUCCACUUCACUGUCUCUCGCACUCCAUUUAAUUCUGUUCUUCCCCAAAUGAGGGCAACUAUUAAAGUCUAUUCACACCAUAGUUUCAUUUUUGCUUGGUUCUCUUGACAAACCACAACUUGCCAUCCAUUUCUGAUGAAUCCAGGCACUCUGAUGUAUUGCAUGCAACAUUCUCUCCCUAAAUGUUUGAUGGUAGUCAGCAGUGGGUAGGGAUCCUAUGAGAAAAUCCAGUAUGCAGCAAAUGAUGUCCAAUCUGUUGCAGAAAUCAAAGCACAAUUUUUAUAGCUCUUUAUUGUACAGUUCUAAUUAUCAGCAGCUGUUAGGGAAAUCCAAGGGAGGAUUGAAGAGGAGAUGCAAAAGGAAUAGACAGAAAUCAACCCUGAAUAUCAUUAGCAGUGAAUACACAAACUGGUUUUUUUUCUGAUCUCCAUGACACACCUCCCAGUCCAUGGCAUUGCAGAUUCAAACCUUCUGCCACUCAUUAGUACCUUUGGGCAUGGAGUGGUAAGGCGGGUGGGGUGGGGUCUGAAGAAAGAGGGAGUUGGGGUGGGAAGGAAGGUUGAGGGCCAUACAUUCAUUACAAUUUCACAAUGUGGGGGGUGGGGUCUGAAGGAGGAAGGGGGGCGAGGUGCGAAGAAAGUUAAGGGGCCGUACAGACAUCACAAUUUCACUUCUAAAAUGAUUUUUAUAGUUUACUUCCAGAUUAUUUUGAAUAUGCGUCGUCGCACAACAGAUGGUCAGUCCACACUCUCUGUUGUAAUUACACUUGUUGGUAAAACAACGGAUUUCUUGGCAAAUUAUCUCCUGCUUUUGCCAGCACAAUACGUUGUCAUGACCUAUUUUUCGUGUACCAUGGCUUUUAUCAAUGGAAUACAGGUAAUCUUCUAUAAAUGAAAAGGCAUUUCUUAUAGAAAAACUUAAGAUAAGUGAAUUACUUUAGAAAAAAGCUAAUUAACCGAAAAAAAACAAACAAAAAGUAGGGUUGGGAAAACAAAAUCUCGAAACUUUGCGAAUACAAAGCUUAUUCAAGUACGGUUACCUUGCUGAUUUGCCAUUCUGUUUUGAGCUUUACCAUAAAGUUUCUACGCUUUUAAAACACUGUGACAUACUGGCUUGAGUGGUUGUUUUUAAUUCGUAUAAGACAACUUGAUUUUGGUAGCAUGCCACCUAAUCGUUACAACAAUCGCACUAGACACUCUUCUGUAGAGCAGCUAAAAGAAAACAACCGCAGCCUAUGUAACGUCAUUCCUUUUUUUUUUUUUUCCUUUGGAAAAAUAGGUUAUCUGGUACCCCAAGCUGCAACAGAAAACAAGUGUUGUCAUGCCCACAACAUACGGCAGGCACAGGAGUCCAGACGAGGAUGCCUUCACUGUGGAAGCGAAUGACUGCGAACAAGUUCCUCCGAUGGCUGACGAGGGAAGCUCAGUUGAUGAAGUCAACAGAGAAUCUGUAGAAGAAAUGACCUCCGUUUGCACAUUUGUUGGACCGAAUUUCGAAUUUUGUGCAAGGUUGCGCGAUAUUCCGUUCUAUCAGCGGGGUUUUAUAUUUCUUCUUAUGCUGGCUCUGGUGGUUUUCAGCGUGUGCAUUUGCGUGAACACUGAGUCUGCGCUGGGAAUUUUCGCGCCAAUUUCGGUCGCAGCUGUUCUUUUUUGUGCGUUUUUUGUAUCGAAAUUACCGCGAGGGCCGGUUGCAGUUCGCCAACUCUGUUUUGGCGUGGCUGGAUCGCUGCUCCGUUAAUAAACCCGUGCAGUACACGUGGCUGACACGUGAUGAUGAUUGAAGAACACUUUAAGUUUUUCUUUGUUUUUUUUUUCUGGAUGAUAGCGGUAUUUAAAAUUAGAAAUAAUCGACCUUAGCGCCCGGCGAGUUCUCCUUGUCCACUUUUUGUACAUUGUACGAUUUGGCGGCCAAAAAGUGUCCCCAAAAAGCGCGCGGCCAAAACGAUUAUAUUACGUAGCUGUAACGUAGAAAACUGUGAAGACACGUCGGCAACUAUAAUGGAGAGAGGAGAAAUCCAGAGGAAAAGACGAACGUAUUGCGUGGCCGGAGCGCCAAAUGAUAUUAGCUACACGAAGAAUACACAUAUACCGAGUAUUCCUGUACACUACUUUCCAAAGGAUAUAGCUGUAUGGCCAAAAUGGAUGCGUUUCGAUCGUUGUCAUCGAGGAGAUUUUACUCUUCAUUGUCAAUGCCUUAUGCUCCGUACCGGCUUCGAAGAUGGCUGUUAUGAACACAUACCACUAGUAAAAUCAGGGGAAGAUAACCAAUGAAUUCAGCUAAAACAAUAACGGUGAAGGGGCCUGUUCCCACACUGAACAUUUGUUAAAUGAUAAAAUUACAAUUAUAGUUAAUCUACAAUAUCAUAAGGGUUUCCUGUAUUGGUGUCGGAAAGAAAAGGAAUGGAAAUAUUAUAUUAUUUUAAGUCAUUUAAUGUAAGUUAUAAAAAGGGCAGGUUGACUACUUCGUAUUCCUUCUUGGUGGUCUUAUCUUAAAGGUUGAGUUUGAUCAAGUUCUUCUUGUGAGUUUGGCCUCGUUCUCCUAGUGAGUUUAAUCACGUUUUCUUCGUUGUGAUCGUGAGGUUGACAUGGAACUAGUGAUAAGCCAUGUUCUUAAAUAAGUUAAUUUGUUAGUCCAGGAAGAGUAAAUCUCCCUGGUAAUAGGUCGCGUUCGACACCUUCGUGUUCCCAGAGGUAAUUUAAGGGUAAACAGGUGAUACCCCUCAUGUUUCGCAACCAAAAGUAAUUUGGGGGCGGUGCUUGUGAGCGCCUUUCUUCUUUAACUCUUGUGACCAAGAUGUUGUUAUGUAACAAUCUUUAAAGGUGAUUUUCUCUUAAGAUGCACUUUCAGGUAUAAAUAAUACUCUGAACCAAGGUUAUUUGUAAUUUUUAUAUUAUCGAUCUCGUUUCUGUUCUGGCCGAUCUCAACCGUAAAGAUAUGAAAAUUAAGGUAGAAAUUGAUUUUGUAACUGCGUAAACAACCCUAAGGUGCAUACUCAGUAUGUGGGAACUACAAUACGUAGUCAAGCGUGAUUCGCUAGUUGAGAUGGUACGAUGACGACACAAGAAGAUUGACGGCUUAGAAAUGUCAUCUGCAGUGUCACCUUUAUAAGCGGAGAUUCUAGUUUUCCCUGAUAUAUUGGAGUUAGUCACCGUUGUAACAACUUGAGAAGAAAAGAGAAUAAAGAAGAAUCGACCAAACCAACAACGAGUUUUGGAGAAUUUACUGCUAACAA